AUGUCGAGAGCGUCGACGACUGCGGCGGCUGCACCGCCGUCCAUCCGACUUUAUGAGGCUGAAGACAUUCCUGAAGGCACGAAGCCGCCCAACACCCUCCGAAUCACGGUGAUCCGGGCUCGUGGGGUGGCCAUGGCGGCACUCCGAUCGACGACGAGCCUGUACUGCAAGCUGUCGUGUGCCGGCAUUGAGCACAAAACCAAACUCAAGGCGAAGACACUGGAUCCGCUGUGGAACGAAACGUUCUCGUUUCGGAGCCCAGACUUUCUCACAGCAUGUACCAUUACCGUGGCGGACAAAGUGAACAUCAAGAAGCGGUUUGUGGGUCAAAUCCGCAUCGUCGCGUCGGACAUUGCGACAGAGCCCAUGAUGCGCUGCACACGCUUGUUUCCUCUCUUGGACAAGUCGUGGGAAGCACGGGAGAAACCGCUGGGGGAGCUCGAACUCAAAGUGUGUCUCGUGUACGAGCGCGAGCACGACGCCGUGGUGCUGCAUAGCAUGAAAGCCGCAGAGCGCUCUGCGGACGACAGCAGCGACGCCAUCGUCGUGUGGGACACGGGCGACGGCGAAGGCGUCGCUGUCCAACAAGACGAGACCGAAGAAGAAGCACUGCUUCGGAAACAAGAGCUCGAGUGGCAAGAGAAACAGCGCCAAGACGCCAUCAUGUCGAACGUUCCCAAGGGCGACUACCAGAUCCAGGCGCAUAUCAUCGAAGCUCGCGACAUCAAGGGCGAGUUCUUUGACGGCACGUCCGAUCCCAUUUGCUACGUCGAAGUGCUCGACAAGCGACAAAAAACCCACGCCAAGUUUAAAUCCUUGUCGUGUGUGUUUGACGAGAUCAUGUUUUUUCACUUCCACGGGAUUGGCCGCGACGAGUUGGAGACGGCCACGAUCAACGUCUCACUGUACGACCGCAACGUUGUUCGCCCCAACACGAUCAUUGGCACCUACCAAUUCGACGUCAUGUCCAUCUACUGCCGGCCGAAACGAGAAAUCUAUCGGCAAUGGGUCGCACUGGUCGACUACAAGAGCAAACAAGACAGCGGCAUCCAGGGGUUUCUCUUGCUGAGUUUGGCCAUGGCGGGACCAGGCGAGUCCUUUCCCGUACACGACCUCACGAGUCUGUCGACGGCCGUCGAGUCGCCGGCCAUGCUGCUGCUUCCGCCCACCGUGGAGCAGCAUGUGCACUUUCUCGUCGUAACCGUGUACGUUGCCGAAGACGUGCCGCCCAUGGACGUGCACACGCUGUCGCCGGCGGGCAUCGGCAUUGACGCGUUUGUUCGCGUCGAUUUUGCCGGGAAUCGCAAGUGCAAAUCGAGUGUGGUGACGGUGAAAGGCACGAGUAAUCUGUCGGUCCCGUUCUUCGAGGAGCUGUGGAUUCCAGUGAUGAUGCCCACUAUGAGCCGUCGGAUCACCAUCAGCCUCCGCGACCGCGAGUUUGGCCGGUCCAGCGACGUCGUCGGCACAUUUGCACAUGAUUUCCAAGCUGUGCCACUAGUCACGCACGACCUCGCCGACCCCACCAACCUCGUGUACUUACGCGAGGUGCCGCUUCGAUACAUCAACCUGUACGGCCCGCCGCUAAAGCACGCGGACGCGAAAGCCGGCGACAUGAUGAAGCGGUAUCCGGACCACGCCUCCACGUACCGCGGCCGCCUCCUCGUGAGUUUUGCCCACGUGUCGCAGCCGAAUCCGGACGACAGCGACCGCUUCGUCGUCAAAGAAGUCGAAGACGAGGACUGGGAGGCACUUAAACCCCCUUUGACGCGCUAUGUGCUGCGUCUGAGUCUGCUCGCGGGGCAGGAUUUGCCCUCGGUACGGGCCAAAACGGGUCUCCCCGCUCGUUUGUUUGUCGUGGUGGCCAUCGGACCCCAUGAGCUGCGCUUUGAAGCCAACGCCGCCAAGAACGGCAGCAUUGUGUGGGGGCUGACCCAGGAGAUGAAAAAUAUUGUGCUCGCGUCCGACUUGACCCAAGUCCCAGAUAUAAUUGUCACGCUGUGCAAAGAAACAUCCGACACGGACGACCCCGUGGGCGUGUCGUUUGCGCGUCUUCGGGCGGGGGAUGUCGUCGCGCGGGGCAUGGAGCCGGCUGUGACGUGGCUACACCUGCGCCAAGAAAUCUGCCGCAAAGGAAGCAUCCCCGUCGGACAGCACCCGGGGUCGCUUUUGCUGCGUAUGGCGUUUGCAAGGGAAGAAGUCGCGGCGAGGCAAGUCUGGGCGAACGACGCGAGUUUGGUUACACCCACGAUUCCAGCUCUGGUUCGGGUGCACAUUUUUCAAUGCAAAGGGCUGGUGGUGGACGAUUUAAAAUCCAAAGGCACGUUGCCAGACCCGUUGGUCCAAGUGCAUUUCAACGGCGUGACCAGGAAGACCAAGCCCCGCAGCCGGACGCUGGACCCUCUAUAUUACGAAUCGCUUCAAUUUGACACGACGAUUCCUGCCAAGGCCGAAUACGCUGGGGAGGUGUGGAUUCAGGUGGUUAAUAAAAUCGGGUUCAACACUGUCAAAUACAUGGGCGAGUACCGCGUGCCGCUGGCCAAGUGCACCAAGGCAUCGACGGUGCCGUACCCGUCGUGGGUGCCGCUGACCAAGUCGGACUUGAUGGACGAUGCCGUGGCCGCGGGUCAGCUGCUCGUGUCGGUCCAGAUCAUCGAGCACCCCACGGCCGAAGAUCGGACGGCAGCAUUGCCGUCGAUCGUGCCAGAGUGCCGCGAAGCGUACGUCGACAUCAUCGCGCUCGGUGUGCGCAAUCUCAAAAAUAACAACUUGCUACACAUUCAAAAUCCGUUUGUCGAGUUUGAACUCACGGGAUUGAACUCGACGAGCGGGGAAAAUAAUAUCCAACGACGCACCAAGGCGAGCCAUGAACCCACGAGCAAAAAUGCCAACUUUCUCGAGCGCCUGGUCAUCCCCACCCGACUCCCCAUCGACAUUUUGUUUGCGCCUCAAUUGGUGCUCAAGGUGUACGACAGCACUUUGGCAGGGCUCCACCAGCCUCUCAUAGCUUCGUGUGUGAUCGACUUGACCCUCAAGCUCCCGUGGAGUCCGAGCUACGAGCCACCGCAACAACAGGCGUUUGAUUACCACAUCGACGCAGCCAAGAAGCGCAGCAAGCAAAGGCGGGUGGUCCAACCGAAAGCCGAAACGCCAGCCAUCGAGGUGGCAUCAUCUAAUGGAGACAGCAAACACGAGAAACAUGCGACAGCGGAUGCAGAACCUACCGGCAACAACGAUCUCGACGACGACGACGAUAAUGGCGACAGCCACCCGUCGCGCCACCGUGUCGCAGACUCGGACGAUGAAGAUGGCAAUCUCGUGGACGAGAUAUUACCCCCAGAAACCCACGACGACGACGGCACGGGCAUCGGGGUGCUGGCGUUACCAGCCGUGUCGUUUGAAGCCACGGACGAGUCCAAGCAAGACCCGGCGGUGCUCUACCAAGUCCAGCAAGCGCACGAUCGCCGGUUGUUUGCGUCUGUCCAAGAUGCCAAGAAAAAAGGACAAGUGUACUUUGUGUCAGACCCAAAUGCAAUGGUUGCGUCUAGCUUCACCAGCCCGGACGACGAAGCCCAUGCUCUCGACAGCCCAGCGUACUAUGCUGGGCGCGACUGGUGGCUCAAGUUGGAAGGCGAAGAGCUCGAGGAUUUUCUCAAAACGGCGCCGUUCGAGUCUUACGCGCUGUUUCGCGCGCACACGAUGAUUCCGUCGUUUUUUCGCAAAAAGAAGACCAAAGUGCAGGUGCAGACAGGCAUUUUCAAGGGGCUCGUGGUCGUCACGCUCAAGCCGCAAAAGACCAACCCGCUGAUCGACUUUGUGUCCCUCACCGACCCCCAGCCGUACGAAGUGCGCGUGUACGUCCUCAAAGCAGCCAACUUGCAGCCCAAAGACCGCAACGGACUCAGCGACCCGUACUUGAGGCUCACGCUGGGCAAAACCAAAGUGAAUGGACGCGCCGCGUACAAAAAGAAGACGCUCCACCCAGACUUUUACAAGUGCUACGUGUUCGAUACGACUAUUCCAGGGCCGUCGCAGUUGGCGAUUCAAGUGUGGGACUACGAUCGAAUGGGCACCGACGACUUUAUAGGGGAAACCGUCAUUGACUUGGAAGACCGAUGGUACCACAGCAUGUGGCAGGACAUUGGAUUCAAACACCCUCAAUUGGACGGAUCGGGCAUCUUGAAACCGAUUGAACACCGACAUUUGUGGACGGGCAAAGAGUCGACGUCGCAGGGGUCGUUGCAAUUGUGGGUGGAUAUUCUCACACCUGCUCAAGCCGCGUUGUACGAACCGGUCAACAUCGAGCCGCCUCCGCCGCAGAAAUUUGAAGUCCGCGUCGUGAUCUGGCGGUCCGAAGGCGUGACCGACCGUGAUAUGAACACGAUGAACGAUCUGUUUGUGAAAGCGUGGAUGGAAGGCACAAAACCACAAACUACUGACACGCACUGGCGGUGCUCCACGGGAAAAGGCAGCUGGAACUACCGGCUCAAGUUUACAGUGCAAAUGCCCAUGAAACCAGAGUACGGCCGGCUCACGAUUCAAUUGUGGGACAAGGAUUUGGCCAAGUGGAACGAUCUUAUUGGCGAAUCGCAGCUAGAUUUGUACAAGUGGAUCCACAAAGCGUUCCAUGAAAAGCGCACGGUGCGGCCGUUCAAAGAGCAAAACACGGGCAAAAAAGGCGGAUUCUUGGCCCAGAACGAAGAAGAUGAGAGCAGCGACGAUGAAGACGACGAUAACGAAGGCGACCACGGUCCCGACUUGGAAAACAACAACAGCGAGCAACACAAACCCCUGCUGGACUCGAAGAAAAAGAAAUUACACUCAAAACUCAAGAAAAAGAUCACCAACGUGCUCAAAAAGGUGAAACGGCGCAAGCAAACACUCACGCCGGACGAGCGCCAACGGCGGAAAGCGGAAAAAGAGUCCAACGACAAGGACGAAGCAUUCCAGUCGAUCCUGGAUAUGCUGGGCAUGGGCCGACUGUCAGAUGACUCGGACUGGCUCGAAAUGCGAUACACGAACCGGGAAGCGGGCAUCUCCGAGUCCAUGGGCAAAUUGGGGGUGUGUAUUCACAUCGUCCCUGAAGCCGAGUACUUGGCGACGCCAGUGGGGUCUGGCCGCGACGAGCCCAACAUCAAUCCGUACCUUCCCCCCACCGUGGGGCGUAUUCGAUUCAGUGCGAAUCCGUUUUCGAUGCUAAAAGAACUGCUGGGGCCAGAAUUGUGUGGCAAAUUGGCGUGUUUUGUGUGCUGUGCAGGGUGUCUCAGUUUCAUGGCGUUGUUCGGGGCGAGCAUCAUGAGCACGCUGACAUUUUACCAACAGCUGCAGAACCAAAAGGACAAAUUGUAACAUACCAUAACAUACUGGGAAAAGUACAAAC